AUGGAUAUUUUUCGUUCAUUAAAUUAUUCUUUUAAUACCACUACAACGUCAUCAUCAUCAUCGAGUACAUCUAUGACAGCUUUUUCUUCCACUAUAAACAACGGUAGUAAAUCAACAUCACCAACAACGGGAACAUUUUCGACAGAAUUAUCAAACGAUAAUCAAAGACAACAACAACAGCAGCAACAGCAGCAGCAGCAAGAAUUAUUAACAUCAACAUUUUUAUUGAAUGUAUGGAAAUCAAGAUUGAAUCAAUUAUUUUUACCAUCAUUAUCAAUACCAUCAAUAUCAAUAUUUACAAUUAAAUCGACAAUAUCACCUAGUCAUAAUAAUCAAGUGCAACAACGAAAAUUAUCAUCUUCUAAUCUGAAUAAUAAUAAUAAUAAUAAUAGUUUAUUAUUAGUGAGAGGAAAUAAUCAGAAUUCUAAAUUGAAUUCUGAACAUUUUCAUAAUAAUAAACAAUGUUUUUUACAAGCAACAGCUACAACUGCAACAACAACAACAACGACAACGAGAACGACAACAAACACGAAGGCCAGUGAUAAUUUAGCAUUAUCAUCUACAACAUCAAAAACGCUACUUUUGCAUCCGAGCAGCGGCAAUAAUCAACAUUAUCAACAUCAACAACACAAAAAUCAAAACAUUAUUAGCUACAAUAAUAGUGAUAAUAAUAUUGUUGAUAAUAACAAAAACGACAUUCGUGAAAAAUAUUCAAACAAAAUUGAUGAACAUCAAUCAUCAACAUCAUUGGUGGUCAAUGCUGAAGAAUAUGACAUUGAUCCAUUGCAACAACAGCAACAACAUCGAUUCUAUUUUGAUGAAGUGAUUAAUGACGAACAACAAGAAGAAGAAGAAUACAAUAAUCGUUUUUACGACGACGAAACAUUUACUGUGGAAAAUUAUAAAGCUAUUUUUACAAGUCCACAAUAUAAACAAUUAACACUGGCGGAUAAACAGCGUUUAGAACGAUUAUUUAAGGAGAUCGAUGUCGAUGGUAAUGGUGUCAUCGAUUUUAAUGAUCUUCUACAAGCUUUGGAACAGAAAGGUAUCAAAGCAACACAUGAAAAUGUUAAGCAUCUCAUAUUACGAUCGGAUAUAAAUCUUGAUGGUGAUAUUGAUUUCGCUGAAUUCGUAUCAUAUUGCCUGGAGAAUGAAAAACAAUUACAUGUUAUAUUUAAAGAUAUUGAUAUUAAUAGUGAUGGAAAAAUUGAUUCACAUGAAUUGGUGGUGGCAUUCAAACGUGCUGGCAUUAAAGUGGAUGAACAGGAAGCCAUCCGUCUUGUUCGACGUAUUAAAGCCGAUUCAAAUAAUCCGAAUAAAUUUGAAUUGAAUUUUUCAGAAUUUCGUGAUUAUCUUCUAUUACAUCCAACCGAUUCAUUAAAUGAUUUAAUGCGAUCAUGGAGAUUUGGAACAUUUGUCGAUUUUGGCGAAGAUGGUAUUAUGCCAGUGGAUUUCAGCGAAACCGAAAUGAAAACUGGUAUGUGGUGGAGACACAUGUUGGCCGGUGGUGUUGCCGGUGCCGUUUCGAGAACAUCAACAGCACCACUUGAUCGUCUUAAAGUAUUUCUUCAGGUUCGUGGUGCAGAAUUCAAUGGCCUGGGCGUAUGUCUUAAACAUAUGAUACAGGAAGGUGGUGUUUUAUCAUUAUGGCGUGGUAAUGGAAUCAAUGUACUAAAGAUUGCUCCUGAAACUGCUAUGAAAUUUAUGACUUUUGAUCAGUUAAAACGUUGGAUACAUUCAGGUGAUCCUAGUACUGAAAUAACAAUAAUGGAAAGAUUUCUAGCAGGAUCGAUUGCUGGAGCUGUUUCUCAAACUGUGAUAUAUCCAAUGGAAGUGUUGAAGACACGUUUUUGUCUACGUGAAACUGGACAAUAUCGUGGAUUGUUUGAUGCAGCACAAAAAAUUUAUUCAAAUGGUGGAAUUAAAAAUUUCUAUCGUGGAUAUAUUCCAAAUCUAAUUGGUAUAAUACCAUAUGCUGGUAUUGAUCUGACAAUCUAUGAGACAUUGAAAAAAAUGUAUAUGAAAAGUCAUUCAUUAGAGGAAGCACCUGUUUAUGUUUGUCUUACCUGUGGUACCGUAUCAUCAACAUUUGGUCAAAUUGCUAGCUAUCCAUUAGCAUUGAUUCGUACACGAAUGCAAUCAGAAACUGGACAUCAUCGUAGCUCAAUGAUUGAUAUGUUUCGUACAAUAAUGCGUAAUGAAGGACCUCGUGGCCUAUAUCGAGGUAUCACUGCCAAUAUAAUGAAAGUUGCACCGGCCGUAUCAAUCAGUUAUGUUGUUUAUGAAUAUACAAGAAGGCCAUUAGGAGCUGUUAUGACUUGAAAAUUUUUUUUUUCAUUCGAAUUUCCGAAGAAAAAGAAAUUUUUGUUAUCAUCAUCAUCAUCAUCAUCAUCA